UGAUUAUAAAGGACUUUGAUUCCCAGAGGUUAGUCUCAGUGAAGGAAUUAUAGCCUAAGCUACGAAGAGACUGGUAGAACAAAGACUAAAGAACAACAUGCUAGAGUUAUAAAAGUUGUAUAUAAUUUGAAGUUAACCAAAAAGUCAUAAACAAAUUAUGAAUCAGGCCAGGGUACAUAGUUCUCAGAGGCGGGUCAGAUUGGAAACAAGACGUAAAACAACUCAGUUAUUUCAGAUGAACAAAGACCUCACCAAACAAUGUAACACAGCAAUUCUUCAACUAGAAAAGGACAAAAAGUUGUUUCAAAGACAAAUGACUCGUGCCCAGAAAGACAUACUUAAACGGCAAGACAAACUACUAGAACGACAGCGAAACAUUGAAAAUGACAAUUUAGAAAAACAUAAGGCUACAGCGUUGGCGAAACAGAAAAGGGAACUGUUGGAUAUGACUCGUUCAAAUCUCCAAAGUGCACCUGGAGGAAGCCAGGAGUGGGAGAAAAUGGAGAGAGGGCUUGGAGAACGCAGUGCAACGACGAGCGAACGGGGCCUAGAUUCUCGACUAGACUUAAGAUUGGGGCAAAACACCCCCGGGCCAAGACGACAGAGCAUUGUGACCCGGCCUUUAUUAAGGAUGCCUGGGGCCCCAAUUGAAAGGGCAGGGGACAGAAAAAUACAUGGCCCAUCCCAAGUGUCUUUACUGUUCAUACCAGGCAGAAUAACCUAAUAGAUAUACAUUUACUCGUCUGGCACAUACAAACACUUUGAAAAAGCCGGGGACCGGGUUCUUAAUUCGGGGGUCUAAAAAUAUUGAAAAACGGGUACAGCACUUA